AUGAAUUUCCAUGACGCAGCACUGGAUUUAGAAGGACUGCAGCAACGGCCAAGUAGCAUUCGAGAAGAUGUUUGCAUCACUGCAGUCAAUGCAGCUAAAGUUCUGUGUGAAAAAUUGGGAAUUAGGAUAGAAGGAAGAAUUAAACGUCGAAAACAGAUGCCAGGUGAAAAUGCUGGUGAUGCAGGACUCGCUGCGGUUGAAGAAAUAACUCGCAUUAUGAAAUCAGUUAUUGAUAGACUAAUCCAGGAGAUGACAACACGAUUUGGUCGUCUGAAGACGUUAGAUGAAAAGUUUGGAUUUCAAUUCAACAUCAGCAAAUUGUUUGCUAAUGAUACCUCUAAUGAUAUUCAACAGCACUGUGCUACGCUGGCUGACUUUUAUAAAACUGAUAUCGAUGGAACUGAACUGUUCGUAGAAAUCAGUGACUGCAGUAUGUUGCUGAAAACCCGGCCAGAUGCUACCCCAAGCAGCCCAUUAGAAUUACUUUCAUUUAUUAUUUCAUAUGGCAAUGGCAUAUUUCCAAACUUACGAAUUGCUUUGCAAAUUAUGCUGACAAUCUCAGUGUCAGUUGCUAGCUGUGAGCGUUCUUUUAGUAAACUAAAAAUCAUUUUAACUUAUUUGAGAGCUUCAAUGGGUCAGGAGCGUCUGUCAGACUUGGCAUUGCUAAGCAUAGAAAAGGAGCUGGUCGAAACAAUUAAUUUUGAUGAUGUCAUUGACAACUUUGCUAGUGCAAGAUCACGAAAAGUAGUUCUAUAA